AUGGUACAAGAGCAAAAUGUAUAUGAACAGGGUGGCGUGUUGCAGGUGAUUGGUAUACUUUUUGUGCAUCAUUUAAUUGCUCACUUGGUUGCCAUCACUAUUGACCCAGCAGACCAAAAUGUGCUGGCCAAGAAGAACUACAACAACCCCAUGCCAGUCUUUGAUAGAAGCAAACACAGACACGUCAUCCAGAACCAGCACUGCUAUCUCUGUGAAGUAGAUGUAGGGCCCAAAGCUAAACACUGUAGUGCCUGUAAUAAGUGCAUUGCAGACUUCGAUCACCACUGUAAGUGGCUCAAUAACUGCGUGGGAGGCAAAAAUUACUGGUUUUUCUUCAAUGCUGUUGUUUCUGCCGUUCUUGGUGUCUUCUUCCUGGUAGUGGUGAUCCUGUAUGUCUUCAUCCAGUACUUUGUGAAUCCAGAAGAACUCCGCACAGCUCCUCAGUUUGAAGGAGCCAGUGGAAAUGCAACAUGGCUGGCCUUUCUUCCUGCUGCUCCAGCGGAGACCACAGCAGCUGGAAUCCUGGUAAUCGCGGUGAUCACUGUACUCUUGGGAAUUGCAUCACUCCUGCUGCUGGGACACUUGUUGGGAUUUCAUCUUUACCUUUUGGGUAAGAAGCUGAGUACUUUUGAUUAUAUGGCACGGUACUGGCGCACAUCGAGUACAAGGGACCAGAGAGCUGAUUUGGAGGCUACAAAAAAUCCAUCUGAUAGAAUGGACCCUCUGCAGGAUAUGUAUUUAGCAAGGCAAAAAAAGGAGUGUGAAGUUCCAGUUGCAUCUAGGACCAGGCAUCAGGAAGCUGGACAACUCUCUAUUAAGCCCCCAAGUGUCAUAUGCACUGAAACAUCAGAUAUUGCUUCCUUUACCAGUUUGUCUCUGAGUCCACAGACUGUGCCAAAAAGGCCCAAAGAGACUACCUGUCAAAAUAGUAAUCAGAACAAAGAAGUAAAUGCAGCUGAAACGAUAAACUUGAGAGACUCGCUGCCUAACUGUGACCAGUCACUAAUUAGGUCUCAUCAGGAAAAUCUCCAUGAGAAUCUCAUGAUGAAUAGCACCGCUCCAAAGCAAUCUACAGACAAAGACAGAUUGGCCAUCUCUGAGGUCCUAAGCCCUGCUGAAAAUGGAAGGUCUGAUGCUCUUCCUGAGGCACAGGCUCAGGCAGAAGACGACGCUGAAAUGUCACAGAGUGGAGGUUUUGCUUUUACGUCAGCAAACAGCAAUGUCUCCCCUGAAACAUUUUUUUCAGACUUGAAAAGUAAUCAAAAGCAAUACUGACUAGAGAAUGGGAGCCCUGGUUAUGAUCGGCUUGCAAGGGCUGAACAGCUUUGACAUAUGUUAUAUCUACGAGAGAGAUCUAUAACACUGCUGAGAGCUGUUUGGAUUCAUCAUUUUUGAGGGCUACAGUGUAGCGGAGGUAAAAAAAAAAAAAAA